AUUGUACCCCUUCGAUUUGUUUCCAUUUCAUCAUCCAGGAGGGCCAUAACCGCUGCCUUUUCAUCUCUGCCUUCAACCCAUACUCAUCUUAGAACCUACCGGAAAACUCAGUUUCCGGCAAUAUUUAUUUCUCUUCAGAGACCAACUUCUGCUGUAUUUGUAAGAAUGGCUUCCGGUGAUCAGAGUUUUCCUCCUCAAAAGCAAGACAAGCAGCCUGGGAAAGAGCAUGUCAUGAACCCUCUUCCUCAGUAUGUUAGCUCCGAUUACAAGCCCUCCAAUAAGCUUCAGGGGAAGGUGGCACUAGUGACUGGUGGAGACUCGGGAAUAGGGCGAGCUGUGUGCUACAGCUUUGCCCUUGAAGGUGCAACAGUGGCUUUCACUUACGUGAAGUCUCAAGAAGACAAGGAUGCUCAAGAUACUCUCCAAAUACUUAAGAAGGACAAGGCUGAAGAUGCCAAAGAUCCUAUGGCGAUACCUGCAGAUCUUGGAUUCGAUGAGAAUUGCAAGAAAGUGGUUGAUCAAGUGGUAAAUGCUUAUGGCCGGAUUGAUAUUCUGGUUAACAAUGCUGCCGAACAAUAUAAAACUAAGUCGGUAGAGGAGAUUGAUGAAGGGUCGCUCGAGAGAGUGUUUAGAACCAAUAUCUUCUCCUACUUUUUCAUGAGCAGGCAUUGUCUGAGGCACAUGAAAGAGGGAAGCUCAAUAAUCAAUACGACGUCGGUGAAUGCAUACAAGGGACAUCCUACGCUGCUUGACUAUACAUCAACGAAAGGAGCAAUAGUAGCAUUCACAAGAGCACUUGCACUUCAGAUUGUGAGUAAAGGGAUACGCGUCAAUGGUGUUGCACCUGGACCCAUCUGGACUCCAUUAAUACCGGCCUCCUUCGGCGAAGAGGAGGUGACCAACUUUGGGAAGAAAGUGCCAAUGGGAAGAGCUGGCCAGCCAAGUGAGGUUGCACCCUGCUUUGUGUUCCUUGCUUGUAACGUCUGCUCUUCGUAUAUCACUGGCCAAGUACUUCACCCUAAUGGAGGCACCAUCGUGAACGGCUGAUGGGUACCCGUCGAGAGAAAGCGAUCGAUCCUUUUGUCUUUUGAAGAAGAUGCAAUGACGCAAGUAAACUUGUGCAGGCGUGAAGAACUUGUGUAAAUCUUAGUGUUUUUGUGUGCU